AUGUCAGUUUUCGUCUGUCUUGCAAGGCCUUGUUUCUGGAUGGAAAAUGCUCAUUGGCCGUGUGUUCGUGAUUUGGAUUAUAAUCCCCAUCGUCCCAAUCUCUUACUAACAGGUGGAGAUGAUGGGGUUUUACGCAUUUGGGAUCUUCGCUAUUUACGCACAAGAUAUCGAUGUUUGUACACAGCUGCUGCUGCUGCUGCUGCUGUUACCACCUCUGCUAAUUCGACAAACACCACUAUUCCAAAUGCAUCUGAGCGAAUUAUGCAGUAUGGCACAGAACCAACUGUUCAGCCUUUGUUCGCAAUUCCAUCUCAUUCUCAUUGGGUUAGUCCUUUUUAA